AUGCCACCAAAGGCCGAGGGAUCCACCAGAGGACGUGGCGCCCGGCGUGCGCGGGGUACGAGCACCCGCGGCCGCGGCGGUCGUGGCGGCGCGCAAGCUGCAACCACCCAGCAACAGCCCCAAGACACUGCGCCUCCAGCGAAAGAAUCUAUUGCCCCCGAGGAAGACUCUCUGUUCGUCCCGAAAGAUGACCCUGCGCCUAAUGCGAGCGCCGCGACAGCCUCCAGCACCGCCGAUGUUUCCAUGACCGACGCCGACAUUACCACCACCACCGAGCCCAAUGUCGCAGCUGAUGCCAGCGCUGGCGCAUCGCGCCCUGAAGACGCCCGCAUAUCCUCAGUCCGUGGCUCACAAACCCCUGCCGGCUCACCGGCCCCAUCGACCGGCGCGGCGCGUGGCGGAAAAAAGGCAGUCGCGCGCAUGCCCACCUUCAAAGGUCGUAGAAACAAAGAAGAGCGCGAGGCGAUUGAGGCCGAGGCUAACAAAAAGAGGAGGGAAAAGCUCCAAGAGCUCAAUAACGAGGCUAACCGUGGCAGGGGAGACCGUGGCAGAGGUCGUGGAAGGGGAGACCGCGGUGGGCGUGGUGGCCGCGGAGGAUACAUGGGCCAAAGGGGCUUUGAGGGAGCCUUGAAGCAAGACAUGGGUGGUGUCUUUGCUUCUGGAACUGUCAAUGAGAACCGCUCGCGCAUGAUCCAUCGCGGAAAGACUUUCGGGGCCUCUCACCAGGGCGGAGUCAAGCGCGAACGCACGAUAAUCAGGUCCGAGGGCGAACAGGAUGGAGUCAAGGCUGAAGACGAGGACGAAGAGGGCUACAUCUCAUCUGAUCCCGAGGUUGAAAUACUAGGACCCCGCCAGGACGUCGAUAACAUUGAAACUAUCAACCUCGUCAGCGAUGACGAAGAUGGCGACGUUGAGAUGACAGGGGGCCCUUCGCAAUCAAGGCGCAGCACGACUAGGUUCAAUACUCCUGGACUCGCUCCGAUCCGCAUUCGCCGCAGAGAACACGAGAACGCGCCGCGCAAAAUCACGGCUGAGGCGCCGGGAGACCCCGAAAUCAAGACCGAACCGGAUGCGGCAUCACCUCGGAAGGGCAAGGGCAAGGCGAAAGAAGUCGAGGUCACCGGAGCUCAAGGUCGCUGGAAGGGGGCUUGGGGAUAUGAAGAUGAAGAAGGUGUCGUGACAAUCAAGGACGAGCCAAACGAAGGGCCAACCGUCGUGCCGUCAAAUAUUCCGGAGCAGGCCGCCAAGGAUGCACCUUCCUCCCCAGAACUUUCGAGGAAGACAAAACCAAAGAUCAAGCAGCGCAGGAAGCCACGAUUCCGGGACGUGCGCGCAGCACUUGUCAGCGAAGAAGACAAGCAAGAGCAAGAGCGCCACGAACAAAGCAUGAAGGUCCUCGCAGACGAACUUGGUGAAAUCGUUCUGCCUUCAGUUACGACACCCGACGCCGAGGGUGAUACUACCAUGGCAGACGGCCAGGCUCCGAAGCAGGACCAAACCGUCGACAAGAAACAGGAUCGCGCCUACCUCUUCCAACUUCCUCCUGUCCUACCCAGCCUCAUGGUCGACAACACGGUCAAGAAUGAACCCCAGUCCCCCGAAGCCACCUCCCGUAGCAACCCGAUCGACCUUGCGACGCCCGAGGUCAGCUCGAACGGUCCCGCCAAGCCUGAGGAUGACGCUGCAGCCAUCGACACUGUGAGCCCCGAACACCCUGCUCAACUCGCGCCUGGUGCGGUCGGCAAAUUGCGCGUUCACAAAAGCGGACGCACAACGUUGGAUUGGGGUGGCACCAGCUUGGAGCUUUGUAUGGGAAUGGACGCUUCAUUCCUCCAGGACAUUAUCAUCACGAAGAUCAUCCCCGAGGAACAGAGAAUCGGCAGAGAUGGUGGUGAGGCCAUGAGCGUCGGUCAGGUCUGCGGCAAGUUCGUGGUCACACCUGACUGGGACGAGAUUGUGGGAUGA